CUGAAAAUGAAAAGGCAAAAUCAAAGCUCUGUGGUUGAAUUCACUCUCUUGGGCUUCUCUACUUUACCUGAUCUCCAAGAGCCACUCUUUGGAGUUUUCUUGGUUAUUCACCUGGUGACCCUGAUGGGAAAUGCCAUCAUUAUAGUUGUCAUCUCACUGGACAAGAGCCUCCACGUUCCCAUGUACCUGUUCCUCCUGAACUUAUCUGUGGUGGAAGUGAGUUUCAGUGUGGUUAUCAUGCCUGAAAUGCUGGUGGCCCUCUCCACUGAGAAAACUGUGAUGUCUUUUGUGAGCUGUGUUGCACAGAUGUAUUUCAUUAUUCUUUUUGGUGUGACGGAAUGUUUUCUCCUGGGAGCGAUGGCUUAUGACCGAUUUGCUGCAAUUUGCUAUCCUUUGAACUACCCAGUGAUUAUGAACAAAAGAAUUUUCUUGACAUUAGUAAUUUUCUCAUGGAUUUCAGGAAUAAUGGAGGCUACUGUGGGGACCACAUGGGUAUUUAGUUUUCCCUUUUGUGGCUCCAAUGAAAUUAAUCAUCUCUCCUGUGAAGCUCCAGCAGUGCUAGAGCUUGCAUGUGCAGACACAUUUGUGUUUGAAAUAUAUGCCUUCAUAGCUACUAUUUUGAUUGUUAUGGUUCCUUUGUUGUUGAUACUUUUGUCUUACAUUUCCACCCAUGCCUCUCAUCUCACAUCUGUGACCCUCUUCUAUGGCACAGGCAACAUGAGUCAUUUGCAACCCAAAUCUGGCUACUCACCAGAAGCCAAGAAACUGAUAUUAUUGGCUUACUCACUGCUUACUUCUCUGUUGAAUCCACUUAUCUACAGUUUGCGCAAUAGUGAGAUGAAAAGGGCAUUGAUAAAAAUAUGCCAAAGAAAGGUGUUUUGA